AUGGUGAAAAUGACACAGGAUGGAGUGCGAGAAACAGACUCCAAGCGAGUAAAAGUGUACAUUUUGGAAGAUAACGAAUGGAAAGAUACUGGAACAGGGUUUUGUGUGGGGAAAGUAGGCGAAAUAGAUGUGCUGACGCCCGUUGUUGGUGUAAGAGACGAGGAGCCUGGGAGUUUAGCCGCUUAUUUGGUGGUCAACGACGAAGGGUCCCCAGACAAGACGCUACUGUGGUCCAAACUGGAGGGAAACAUCGAGUAUCAAAGACAAGAAGAGACUCUCAUUGUGUGGAAAGACCUUUCAGGCCAAGAUAUUGCACUGAGUUUUGAAGAAAGCACAGGAUGUGACGCGCUUUGUGACUUCAUUAUUCAGAUUCAACAAACUACAGAAACUAAUAUAUCGCUAAUAGCAGUCCGUUCCAAUGACGAUGGUAUGGGUUCGGUACAUGAAAUCAUAACCGGUCCAGUGAACCUCCCGAGUAAUGAAAUGGAACAAGACGAAAAAUCGCUGAUGGACGCGCUCAAAAUCUUUAACGAAAACAUGGCAUUCGAGUACCUAAGAACGGGAACCAUAGAUUUUGUGCUCAAAAGCGCCUAUCUACUCACUCUGAUACACAUUUUUGAGAAUGCGGAAUCUAAACACCGGCUUCGUGAGCUCCUCUUGCUAAGCAAUAUCGUCAAGACCUUGACGCUUUAUAAUCAUAGAGACGUUCUGGAACAGAUGGUAGAUGACGAGCAUAUCGUGGGCAUCGUCGGCAUUCUCGAAUAUGACACCGAAUUCCCGUUAAGCAAAGCAAAUCAUCGUGACUAUUUGCUGCAAGCAGGUCCGCACUUCAAAGAAGUGGUACCGUUAAAAAGUGAGGAGAUCAAGACGAUCAUGAAAAAAACCUAUCGAUUGCAAUUUCUCAAGGAUGUGGUAUUAGUACGGUUUUUGGAUGAUCAUACUUUCAGCAUGAUCUCAGAUGUGAUCUUGGAUUCACAAAACUGCAUAAUUGAUUUUAUACAAACGGAACCAUUUCUUCAAAGGGUAAUGUCGCUGUUCGAGAUCGACACAGAGAUGGAAAAGAAAAGGGAUGGUGUCCGCAUGUUACACCAAUGUGUUCAGAUAACUAAGAAUCUAGAACACGCGGAAAAAUCAAGAUUUUUUAAAGCUUUGGUAAGGGCGGGCCUUUUCAAAAUUUUCGAUUUCGCCUUUAGUAUGGAAACAGAUAGUGGGAUUAGGAUUCUGGCCACGGAUAUGGUCAUCAGUAUUAUUGAGCAUGACAUUUUGUUGAUCAAUACGGUACAAAAUGAGCACCUCCAUCAGACGGGGCUAAUGGAUCAAGGCCAGCGGCAAUCAGACGGGACAUUGACCCUGGCGCAAUCCAGCGCUUCUUCGGAUAUUUCUCUAUUAUCUAUCUUGUCGCAGAUCUUGAUAGCGGAUAAGAAUAUGGGAUUGAAAGAACAGGUGGUACAAGCUCUUAAUACUCUCCUUCAUCCGGAAGGCUGCAUGGGUAUUGACUCAGACUACAACGAACCUGGGAAUAUGGACAUAAUAAUGGGUUCGGAUGAUCAACCGAGUAAUGGAAGCGGGGAGAACCCUGUCAUGAAUAAUCUGAGUCUUCAAAUGAAAGAGUACUUCAACAAUUUUUAUACUCAAGUUGCACCCAUUCUCUUUGGACCGCUGAUGAAAAGCGGGCAAAAUAAUUCAGAUGAGGAUAUUCUUCUCAUAUAUUUGGUAAAAUUGGUCAGCUUCGUUGCUGCUGAGCAUAGCCGCCUGGUGUCUCGAGAAUUUAUUCUGGAACAUAACAUCCUUGCAAAUAUCAGCAAGCUUAUCGCGUCACCCCAUAUACUACAGCUUCAACUUACCGCUGUUAGGUGCUUGAAAGGCAUUGUCAGUCUCAAUGACGAUAUCUAUCACAAGCAUAUGAUUUCCAACAACUUAUACCAGCCCAUUUUCGAUUUGCUGCGAAGAAACCUUCAUAAUGACAACAUGGCUAACUCAUGUCUGCUUGAUUUUUUUAAAACAAUCGCAUCACAGUCAUUACGAGCUAAAGAACUUUGUUCAGGCGAAAGCAUGAAUUUCAUUCUUCUCAACAAACACCUCGUGGAAAACUUCAGGGAAGAUCUCAUGGCUGUUAGUUGUGUUCCUUUUGCUCAGGAAAUGAUUAGAAUAAACGAUACAGAAGAAGAGCCGCACAAUUGGGAGAUUAGUAGAAACAAGAAGACGACCAAGGACGUCGUCAAAAGAACCUUUUCUGAGGUUUCGGAGUCAUUGGGCUCCUCGACGGAAGUCAAAGAAGAAGAGGUAACCUCGACCUUCAAAAAGGCAAUGGAGAAGUUGGCGGCUGCUCCUGCACCAAAAUCUAUUGGGAAAGAUUUUCUGGGCAAUGGAACUUGA